UGGGCGCCCGGCUCGGCGCGGAGAGAAACGCCCUAAAGAGGAGGGGAGAGCGCGCGCGGGAGGAGGACCGGCGAGCAGCUCCGGGGAGGAGCGGCGGCGAGGAGCGGAGAAGCGGAGGCGGCCGGCGGCCGAGCGGAGGGAGCGGGCGCGGAGGGAGCGGCGCGGAGCGGGCGAUCCCGGGACCCGAGCGCGCGACUUGCCCCGCAAAGUGCCAACUUCGCUGGGACUGCCGGGCGCGCACCUCCUGGGCGCAGGGGCGGGGGAAGACACGGGAAUUUGAGACUCGAGGGAAGAACACCGAAUUGCUCCUGUGUCCCUUUUUCCCCGUGACGAUUCCCGUUAAAAAAGAAAAAAAAAAGCAACAACAACAAGAAUCACAGCAAACUUGCUAGCACCCUGCCUGCCGCCCUUCGCGCCUGGCACCAUGAAGGCGGCCGUGGAUCUCAAGCCGACCCUCACCAUCAUCAAGACGGAGAAAGUGGACCUGGAGCUGUUCCCCUCCCCGGAUAUGGAAUGUGCAGAUGUCCCACUACUAACCCCAAGCAGCAAGGAGAUGAUGUCUCAGGCACUGAAAGCCACUUUCAGCGGUUUCUCCAAAGAGCAGCAAAGACUGGGGAUCCCAAAAGACCCCCGGCAGUGGACAGAGACCCACGUGCGGGACUGGGUGAUGUGGGCUGUGAACGAGUUCAGCCUGAAGGGCGUGGACUUCCAGAAGUUCUGCAUGAAUGGAGCCGCGCUCUGUGCACUGGGCAAAGACUGCUUUCUGGAGCUGGCCCCGGACUUCGUUGGGGACAUUUUGUGGGAGCAUCUGGAAAUCCUGCAGAAAGAGGAUGUGAAGCCCUAUCCAGUGAACGGAGUCAACCCCACUUACCCAGAAUCCCGCUAUACCUCGGACUACUUCAUUAGCUAUGGUAUCGAGCAUGCUCAGUGUGUCCCUCCCUCGGAGUUCUCAGAGCCCAGCUUCAUCACAGAGUCCUACCAGACGCUCCAUCCCAUCAGCUCUGAGGAGCUCCUUUCCCUCAAGUAUGAGAACGACUACCCCUCGGUCAUCCUGCGGGACCCUCUGCAGACAGACACCUUGCAGACGGACUACUUUGCCAUCAAGCAAGAGGUCGUCACACCAGACAACAUGUGCAUGGGGAGGACCAGUCGUGGUAAACUCGGGGGCCAGGACUCUUUUGAGAGCAUAGAGAGCUACGAUAGUUGUGACCGCCUCACCCAGUCCUGGAGCAGCCAGUCAUCUUUCAACAGCCUGCAGCGCGUUCCCUCCUAUGACAGCUUCGACUCCGAGGACUAUCCGGCCGCCCUGCCCAACCACAAUCCCAAGGGCACCUUCAAGGACUAUGUGCGUGACCGCGCUGACCUCAACAAGGACAAGCCUGUCAUUCCUGCUGCUGCCCUGGCUGGCUAUACAGGCAGUGGACCGAUCCAGCUGUGGCAGUUUCUUCUGGAAUUACUCACUGAUAAGUCCUGUCAGUCUUUUAUCAGCUGGACAGGAGAUGGCUGGGAAUUCAAGCUCUCUGACCCAGAUGAGGUGGCCAGGAGAUGGGGGAAAAGGAAAAACAAGCCCAAGAUGAAUUAUGAGAAACUGAGCCGUGGCCUCCGCUACUACUAUGACAAAAACAUCAUCCACAAGACGGCGGGCAAGCGCUACGUUUACCGCUUUGUAUGUGACCUGCAGAGCCUCCUGGGAUACACGCCUGAGGAGCUCCACGCCAUGCUGGACGUCAAGCCAGACGCUGAUGAGUGACGGGCACUUGGGGCACCAGGGAAACUCUGUUGAAACAUUUCAAAAACCUGCGUCAGUUGGACUCUUCAUUUUUAAUUGUUAUUCUAUUUUUAAUUUUCAGACUCAUUUUUUUGUUUUACAUUCAGGGGUGGGAGCUAAGUGAAUUGCAGCUAUAGUCGAUUAUGAGUGGUUGGCAAAGGAGAGCUAGGACUGGUGGGGUGGGUGGGACAAAUUCUCAAGAAAAUUUGUAGGAGAGAGAAAGGUCUCCUUAGAAGCUUGAAGAAUCUGGCUGGAGGGAGGACAAGACGCAUGUGUCUAAUCAUUUUUAAAAAUCAUCCAUGAAAAAAGUGCCUCAAGUUAUGAACUUACGUAGCAUAAGCAAUGGAGGCAUCAGGGGUCAUGACAUGGAUGAAGGGCAAUUCGUUUGCUUCUGUUUUUAGGUCUGGGCGGGCAAAAAAGAGGGAGGUGAGGGUAGGACAAUUUGGGGAGGGAGAGCACAAAACCCAAGGACUAUUUACCUUUUACUCUACUUUUAAAACAAAGAUGGACUUCAGUGGGGAGGGACCAAAACUGUAUUUGUGUUGAAAUUUAUUUUAUUAAAUCUUGUGCCAGUAUUUUUUUUUUUCUCCUUAAAAAUCGUCUUAAGCUCUAAGGUGGUCUCAGUAUUGCAAUAUCAUUGCAAGGUUGUUUUUAUUUGCCAGCUGAGGAUUCUGUCACAGUGAAAGGAAACUGUUUAUAUAGACCCCACUGGAAAGGCAAAGUGCUGUCACCGAGAUUGGACCCCAGAUCCCGGUGGCUUUAUAGAUGAAGGAACAAAGGAUGCUGGUUUGGGGACAAGGGACCUGUGCCUGUGAAUGUCAACUUUUUUUUUUUUUUUUCAAAAGUGACCAUCAUGCCCCUCAAUGUAUUUGUCAUGAGUGGAUUCUUGGGCUUUAGACUUAAUGUUGAGCUGAGAAGCAUUAAGCUUUGAACUUGAAUGUAUUUGGCAGCCCUGGUUGGGGACCACAGUGAAUCCAGAGCGCUGUUGGAAAGGACAUCCGAGAAGGAAGGUGGACUUGGUCCUUUAUUGGUUCUUUCCCUCUGACUCGGAAUUGAAGCUGUGUGCAUGGGCAUUACCCCUUGGAUCUUAGGAAGUUAAGUCCUGAAUGCAUGUUAUUCCUGACUAACACAAUCUUUUAUGUCUCAUCCUUUCAGCCUCCCAUAUUUCUUGCUUACCCCCCACUCUUAUUCAGUGCAGAAAAAUGUAAAGCUUUCUGAUUGGGGAGUAAACGAGUGACAACAGACAUGAGUUGAAGAGUGUCUGAUAAGGCCAUUGAGUUGCAUUGGGUGUUUGGAGCAAUGGAAAUUACGGGCGCCUAGAGGCAAAAGGUGGCUUGGCUGUCUUCCAGAGGAGAAGGGCAAGGCUUUCCUUUGAAGAACUUAGGCUAGUUGAAUGGAGUGUCCAUCCAGUUAAGACCAUGCAUGCAGAGCAAACGGUGCAGCUGCUGUUCGGGUCUUGCACUUGGACCGCUGUCGUGGCACAGGGUACGUGAAGGCUCAUAAUUGCAGAAGAGAGGAAUGACCAGAAGGCAAAGGAAACAUAAGAAAAGGAGCUUGAAUGAAGACAAUUAGGUGGUCCAUGAGCUGUGAAUAUAUUUUUAUUCCCCCAUCAUGGAAACAACUGAGGCAGUUGCAAAGGGUAAUCUGAAAAUGGGGUUUUGGGUUAGGGGGAGGACCAACAUCGAACUAGUGAGGACAAGACCCUCGUUCAAUCAGAAUCCCCACCAAGACAGAGAUGCCCAAUUAAAAAGGGCGCAGGCAGUGGGAGGGCUCUGCAGACUGCAGUGAGCGAGGAAGAAGCGGUUAAGGUGGGCUUCUCAGGGCUGGCUUCUCGGGGCUCUAGCACAGACACUGGAAGUGCUAAUCUCCUCAGAUGGAUCUUCAGGAAAGUGGAUGGUUUUCUCCAGAUCCUCUUGAGACCCUGACUCACGCUGAUAAAGCAGAGUGCUUACUUGGAAAGCCAAGGCAGAAUCCGCCCAGCUGUGUAUUUUGAUCUUCUUCCAAAUGCAGGUGCCUUAAUGAAGUUCUCAAAAUGUUUUAGGAGCUGCUCAGGGAGGGUAGGUGGAACUGUUGGACUCCAUGGUUUUCUCUUAGGUUAUUUGAUCUUUGUUGGGCACAGGUGUGCGUGUGCCUGUGUGCAUGUGUGAGCGUGUGCAUGUAUAUGCAUGUGUGUGCCUGUGUGUUUGCAGACAUGCACAACUGCAGCUAAGAUAAUACCUGGGUUUUCCAGGUAUGCCUUUCCACGUUUUAAUAAUGGGCGCAGGUAGAACCAAGGCUGGGCAUCAGUCAUGGCUUGCUGUUUGCAUCCAGGCAUACAAUGGCUUUCCCAACUCAUCAACCUUUCCUGAUCCAAGUGUCUAACCCCUGCAGCCACCCCCAGCAGCUCCAAUGUAAGCAAGUGCCUGCCGCGCUCCCCAGCCCACUUGCUCGCUGCGUGGCCUUUCUCUGCAGGUCCACCAUUUUCAGUAUUUAUAGAUAGUUUGUUAGUGAAGAUCGCUUUGUGGAUCUGGCCAGAUGCCUUUUUCUCCUUCUGUCCAAAGGCCAGAGACCAUCCCAGGAAGAAUGGUGGGUGGUUUAUACACUGGAAAUGCAGCAGAAUUGUUGCAUUUAUGCUUUUUUUU